AUGCAGCGCCCAGAGGCCGGGAAGCCUAUCAUCAAAUUCAACCACUGCCAGAAGUACAUCUACAGCUUCAGCGUGCCGCCAUGCUGCCCCAUCUGCCGGCAGGACGUGGGCUCCAGGAAGCUGGAGGAAGCGCCUGUCAGCAUCCCUAAUCCGUUUACCGAUGGGCAUCAAGAAGAGUGUUCCUUCCUCCUCAGACCAACUCAAGGGACGUUUCUUAGGGAGUAUGACGGAAGGUCUGAUCUUCACGUGGGGAUAACCAACACAAAAGGAGUCGUGUAUAAUUACACGGUGCACGGUGUCCAGCGAGACGAAGCGGGCUGGGAGCAGAGUGUGAGCGUCCCGCUCCUGCAGCCCGGCAUGUUCGGACUGAUGGACCAGUGGGACCAGUACCUGGAAGACUUCUCCACCACGGGGGCCUGGCUGCCUCACAGGUACGAAGAAGACCACCACAACUGCUACAGCUACGCCCUCAAGUUCAUUAACUGCGUCCUGGCCACAGAGGGCGAGGAGCGGCUGGACCGGGACGAGUUCACGGAGAAGUUUGUGAUCCCGAGGACGAGGAAGGCUUCCAAGUACAUCACGCUCUACCGCAUGAUAGAAGAGCACGGCUUCUACGUCAUCGACCCCCCUGGUCCCCAAACAGGCCCAGGUCCGGGAAGCGGCUUGUGCUGA